UCGUUUCGGAAUGACGUAAACACCCCUCAGCAUCCCUAUUUCCGAGUUUCAUUCGGAGUUAAGUAGCUCGUCCUUUAUAAGGUGGUGGACAAGCAUACAACGAAGCAUUGCCGAAAACCGCUGAAGAAUAUCAAGACGAGGAGGUGGGGAAAAGGAAAGCUUCGUCUCUGUCUUUGUGUCUCUGCAAGACUUUUGCAACUGCCACCCUCACCAGAAAGGCUAUACCUUCACCGUCCUAAUCCUAUUUUUGCGUUUUCCUCCUUCAUCUAUCCCUAUCUUGUUUUUCCUUGUCCCGCGGAGACAACACGUUUCUUCUUUUGUAAGGAUUUUCGUUCCUUUCGCAUUCUGCGUCUAUAAGGCAAUCCCUAGUACCGUUUUGUUUUGAAUAGUUUUUGCGAAGGGUUUGUGCUUCUCUAUUUGGGGAAGUUAACGGGAUCGAAUCUGGAUACGCAUUACACAGCGUUAUCGGUUACGGAGCAACGAUCGAACGUUCUGGUAAUUUUUGGUCGAAGCUUGAUCUGUUUUUAUUGGGUCGCGGAUAGCAUCGGACUCGCGCCUAUUAGAAUAAACGGAAAAAUGUGGUGGAUGAUGGGAGAAUCUGGAGGACAAUACUGCCCUAAGAAGACCGAUGAUUUGUGCGGCGAUGUUUGUGGCCAGAAAACUUCUUACAACAACAACAACAACAACAACAACAACAAGCCUUUAUCCCACUAGGUGGGGUUGGCUACAUGGAUUGCAAGACGCCAUUGUGCUCUAUCAUUUAUCAAGCUUUUAGGAAUAUUAUUAAUUAAGAGAUCACGUUCAACAACUUCCAAGACUGUUCUCUUAGGCUUUCCUCUACCUCUCUUAAUCGGACUCAAAGUUAUAUGUUCCACUCUUCUCACUGGUGCCUCCCUUGGUCUUCUUUGAAUCAAGUCAAGUUUCAGGCAUGACAAGAAUCCGGUGCAUUUUGCGUGGCUUUGAUGUAAAAACCUACAUAUUUCUUUUUGCUGUUGUCCCGAUGUGCAUCUUGGGGAUCUACAUUCAUGGGCAGAAAAUCUCUUACUUUCUGCGGCCACUGUGGGAAAAACCACCCAAGCCUUUCAAUGUCAUCCCACACUACUAUAAUGAAAAUGUGACAAUGGAGAGCCUUUGCAGACUUCAUGGCUGGGGAAUUCGUGAGUACCCAAGACGAGUUUAUGAUGCCGUGUUGUUCAGUAAUGAGUUGGAGUUGCUUACCUUACGCUGGAGGGAACUGUACCCAUAUGUAUCAGAAUUUGUUCUCCUUGAGUCAAAUUCUACAUUCACUGGAUUGCCUAAACCUCUGGUUUUUAGUAGCAACAGGGAGCAGUUUAGAUUUGUUGAGCCUCGGUUAACUUAUGGGACUGUUGGUGGGAGAUUUAAGAAAGGCGAAAACCCAUUUAUUGAGGAGGCUUAUCAGCGAGUAGCAUUGGAUCAGCUCCUUAAAAUAGCUGGUAUUUCGGAUGAUGACUUGUUGAUCAUGUCUGAUGUUGAUGAGAUACCAAGUGCUCACACUAUCAAUCUCUUGAGGUGGUGUGAUGACAUACCUUCGAUUCUUCAUCUUCAGCUGAAGAAUUAUCUUUAUUCUUUUGAGUUUCAUGUGGAUGAUAAGAGCUGGAGGGCUUCAGUGCACAGAUACCAGAGUGGCAAGACAAGGUAUGCACAUUAUCGCCAGUCUGAUGACCUAUUGGCAGAUUCUGGUUGGCAUUGUAGCUUUUGUUUUCCCCGAAUCAGUGAUUUUGUUUUUAAGAUGAAAGCUUAUAGCCAUUAUGAUAGAGUGAGGUUCUCUCAUUAUUUGGAUCCCAAAAGAAUUCAGGAAAUAAUAUGCAAGGGGGAAGAUCUAUUUGACAUGCUUCCGGAGGAGUACACCUUCAAGGAAAUCAUCAGUAAAAUGGGACCAAUACCCCAUUCCUAUUCUGCUGUUCAUCUUCCUGCUUACCUUCUGGAGAAUGCUGAGAAGUAUAAAUUUCUCCUGCCUGGAAAUUGUAUAAGGGAGGGCCGUUGAUCUUGGGAUUUGGGAAGGAGUUUGUGAUACCUGCCUGUUGUGAAUCUUAUGGCUCGUGUAGCUUUUGGGACUUUUCAUUGGGGUUUUAACAGAAGUAUUGAUGACCUGGUGCCACUCGUGAUAAUUUUUUAGAGUUCAUUGAGAGUUCUGACAAAUUCUUUGGUUCUUGGGGUUGGGGACUCUGUACAUAAUUUAGAGUCGGGGAGCACUGUCUUGUGUUUUACUCUAUUGUUCGUGGCUUAUCCCCGGGAGAUACAUAGUAUAGUUUUACUCUAUUAAGUUCAGCACCUUUUCCCCUUUGGGCGGUUUUGUUUCGGAGACAAAUUUACUUAUUUAUUAAUUUUUUUGCCUAA